CAUAAAAACAUGGGCUCGGCUAACCGGCCCCAGCCUGAUUCCAGCGCUCCCACUUUCCGCGGGUCUCUCAGCCGAUCGGCCAUCCGCGCCGCCAUGGACCUCGCUGCCAUCUACGAGAGCCUUCUGUCGCUGAGCCCUGAACUGCCAUCCGACCACGGAGAGACCGAGUCCAGCCCAGGCUGGGCCUCCUCGCGCCACUGGAGCCUCAGCUCAUCCGACUCCAGCCCGGCUGGGGUCGCUGCCCGUCUGCCCGGCCGCUCCACCAGUCUGGUGGAGGGCCGAAGCUGCGGUUGGGUGCCCCCACCCCCAGGCUUCGCACCCCUGGCUCCCCGUCCUGGCCCUGAACUGUCGCCCUCUCCCACCUCGCCUACUUCAGCCCCCACCACCUCCUCCCGCUACAAGACUGAGCUAUGCCGGACCUUCUCUGAGAGCGGACGCUGCCGCUACGGGGCUAAAUGCCAGUUUGCCCACGGCCUAGGUGAGCUCCGCCAGGCCAGUCGCCACCCCAAGUACAAGACAGAGCUCUGCCACAAGUUCUACCUCCAGGGGGGCUGCCCCUAUGGCUCCCGCUGCCAUUUCAUCCACAACCCCAGCGAGGACCUAGCUGUCCCUGGCCACCCUCAUGUGUUGCGCCAGAGCAUCAGUUUCUCGGGCCUGCCCUCUGGCCGCCGAACCUCACCACCACCAGCAGGCCUGGCGGGGCCUUCCUUGUCCUCUUGCUCCUUCUCGCCCUCGAGUUCCCCACCUCCACCACCUGGGGAUCUGCCACUUUCACCCUCUGCCUUCUCGGCAGCCCCAGGAACCCCUGUGGCCCGAAGGGACCCCGCCCCUGCCUGUUGCCCCUCCUGCAGAAGGGCCAACCCCAGCAGUGUCUGGGGGCCCGGGCCCUUGGGUAGCCUGGCUCGGAGUCCUUCCGCACACUCCCUGGGAUCUGAUCCCGACGAAUAUGCCAGUAGCGGCAGCAGCCUGGGGGGGUCUGAGUCGCCAGUCUUUGAGGCUGGGGUUUUUGGGCCUCCUCAGCCACCUGCACCGUCCCGGCGGCUCCCCAUCUUCAAUCGAAUUUCCGUUUCUGAGUGACAACUGCCUGCUGGGUACAGAUCAGCUGGAUCUCAAGGAGGGGUGCAUUUCUCUUGUGCUGUGGGCACCACAGGGACCCCAGGGACUGUGGGGAGCUGGCGGGGGUACUCAUGUAGCCUCUAGCUGCACCUUCCAAAUUGCAUUAACCCUCUCCUAACCACACACUGGGGCAGGCCCCUGGUGUGCAAGCAAGCUCAGUGUCCAUGGUGUUGGGGGAAGGAGUGUUUUCUGGGAUCUUUGUCUAAUGUAGCAAAUUUGAGGGAGUCAGUGAACCCCCAUUUCUCCCCACCUCUCCCCUACCCAGUGCUGUGAAUAACAGGCCCUCACCGCCCUCUCCCAAUUUUUCCUAUCCCCUGAGGUUGUAGUGUCUGAUGGUGACAGGAGCCUUCCAAGGGGGAACCCUGGUGCUGAGAUUUCCCUCAAAUCAAGUAGCCAAAACGUCGUUGCCAAAUCCCUUCUCCCCCUCCUGCCCCCAGGCACUGCGCCCUUUAUUUAUGACGACUUUAUUUAUUCUGAAAGGUUUUAUAGUAUUUAUAUAUAUUGGGUCGUCUGCUUCCCGUGUAUUUUUCUUCCUUUUUUUGUAAUAUUGGAAACGAAAUUAUUAUUAUUAUAAGUAUACUAUAAUAAUAUAUUAAUAUAUUAUCUUAAAGUUUUAUUUUUGUGUCUCUCGAAAUUUUUAAAUAAAAGAAAUC